AGAGCGCAGUGCUGCAUGGCUGCUGGGAGCAGCAAACCCCUCCCUGACGGGCCCAGCACAAGGGAUCAGGCUGUUGAACUCGAUGAUAACUUGGUUGAAGGAUUAGCUCUGCUGGAUUUAGGGGUCUCACCGUAUUCUGGAGCUAUUUUUCAUGAGACCCCACUGAUAAUAUAUCUCUUUCACUUCCUGAUUGAAUAUGCUGAAUUGGUCUUCAUGAUAACGGAUGUACUAACAGCUGUCGCCCUUUACUUGGCCAUCCAGGACUACAACAAAGUUGUGUUCAAAAAGCAAAAGCUCCUAAUAGAGCUGGAUAAAUAUGCACCAGAUGUGGCUGAGCUCAUCCGGACGCCCAUGGAAAUGCACUACAUCCCCCUCAAGGUAGCACUGGUCUAUCUGUUAAACCCCUACACUGUGAUGUCUUGUGUGGCAAAGUCCACCUGUGCCAUCAGCAAUACUGUCAUUGCGUUCUUCAUUUUGGCUACAAUAAGAGGUAGUGCCUUCCUCAGUGCUGUGUUCUUGGCCCUGGCAACAUACCAGUCACUCUACCCCAUCACGUUGUUUGCUCCAGCACUCCUUUACCUUCUGCAGCGUCAGUUCAUACCAAUAAAACCGAAAAGUAAAAGCUUCUGGCUCUUCACCAUGCAGUAUGCAGCCUUGUACCUGUGCAGCCUGGUGGUGAUCAUCUGCCUCUCUUUCUUCCUCCUCAACUCGUGGGAUUUUAUCCCAUCUGUUUACGGGUUUAUCCUUUCUGUUCCAGAUCUGACACCCAAUAUUGGCCUUUUCUGGUACUUCUUUGCAGAGAUGUUUGAACACUUUAGUCUCUUCUUUGUAUGUGUGUUUCAAAUCAAUGUGUUCUUCUACACCAUUCCCCUGGCAGUAAAGCUAAAGGAACACCCUGUGUUCUUCAUGUUUGUCCAGCUUGCAAUCAUUUCUAUCUUCAAGUCCUAUCCCACAGUGGGAGAUGUUGCACUGUAUAUGGCCUUCCUCCCAGUCUGGAGCCACCUUUACAGAUUCCUUCGGAACAUCUUCAUCCUGUCGUGUAUGCUCAUCGCCUGCUCCCUCCUGUUCCCCGUAUUGUGGCAUCUCUGGAUUUUUGCAGGAAGUGCCAAUUCCAAUUUUUAUUACGCCAUCACAUUGACUUUCAACAUAGGGCAGAUCCUGCUCAUCUCAGAUUACUUCUAUGCCUUCCUCCGGCGGGAGUACUACCUCACUCAUGGACUUCAUUUGACAAAGCAAGAUGGGACAGAGGCCAUGCUUGUCUUGAACUGUGCUUUUUACUGAGACCUCAGCCAUCAACUCUGGGCAGUCCAGCAGGAACUGGAGCAAGCAUUUGAGCUAAAAACAGGGCUCAAUCUCUGGACCAGAAACUGCUCAGACCAUUAACUGUUUACGUCACUGCUUCUUGAAAAUGUUUGCUUCUCCUGGAAAUUUCCCUGUCACAGCUUUUACUGGUAAUGCUCCUGUUUGACACGAGAACAUCCGGGUGCGUGUGCCAAAGGCCUGCCUGCUGUUGUGGAUUCUGGAAAAACCGUGUGCUCUGGCACAGGGGCAGUUUUUGAAGCAAGUAGGUGAGCAAGGAUGGAUGAACUGUUGGAAGGAGGAGCUGCUGCUGUGAGAGCUCUUGGUGCUCACACCACUACUGAGAACUGGAACUAGAGGAAAGCAGGAGCCGGGGGGGGGGGUAGUGUGUAAGUGUUCUAUCCCAUUAUGAAUAGAUGCUCCCUUGUGAGGAGCUGCAGAGAAUCACAACAGGAUCUCAGAGGAAGAAACACUACUGCGCAGAUAGUCUCCUGCUACAGUGUGGGUAAUGGGUAACUGCUCUAUCCUGUUGUAUGGAUGCUUCGCUGUGAGGAGCUGCACAGAAACAUGGCAGGGUCACAGAAGAAGAAACGCUGCUGUGCAGGUAGUCUCCUACUGCUCCUUAUUUCUGUAUGUUAACAAAGCUUGGCAAUGCAGGGCUUGCACUACACUGUUGUGAUAGCUUGGGGCAGCAGCACAGAUAUGAAACAAGCAAACUGCCUGCCUGGGCUGGGGACCAGGAGGUGUCAAAAUCUCCCCACAGACCAAAUUCAGAAGGUGCCUUGGACUCCACUGUUACGGAUCCAGGUGUUUCACAGCAGCUUAACGAUACAGGAUAGUCACUCUGCAGGUUACACUCUUGCACAUACAGUGAUGGCAUCUUGUUGCUGUGUGCGGAAGGCUCUGUAACAUGCUGCCCUUCAGCUGCCCUGCUGCUUUCCCUGAGUUCAGACCUUUUCUCCAGAGCUUCUGCUGCUGCUGACUCCAUGAAUGUGACCCACCGAGGGAAUCCCCAGGGCUCUGCUGGUUGCAUGUGGCACUGGGAGUCAUUAACCAUAGUGUUGAAAGCCUUCUGCAGUGCUGGGGCAGAGAGCGGCUGCUGCUCCCCGCUCGUCCCAAGAAAAAAGGUGGAAGGGCUGGUGGUUUGUCAGCAUGGAAACAGAACUGUCUGGCCCAGAGCAAUGGAGAGACCGACAUGCCCAGGCCCUCCCCAUGCAAUUUUAUUAUCAAAUCUUGUGUUUUUUUUAAUAGUUAAAAAUUUUGCCUUACUGCACUGCUGUUAGCGCUUUUGCCGGGGGUGUUACUGUGAGUCCAGCUCAGCCCACCCCAUACUGCAGCCCCGGGCCAGAGAUCACGAAGGCAGGGCUGCUCUGGGCUGCCCCAUGUGGCAUGGCAAAGAGCACAAUAAACUGUGCAAGUUUUAAGAGUCA